UUAGUCAGCAGCGGGCAACGACCGAGAGGAACAACGGACCCACCGACCGCUGUCCUCACUCCUCUCUCUCAGCUCACUCCGCUCACAGGCCAUCCUUUCCACCUCGAUUCCGGCGAGCCCUGGUUGCCGUCCGCUGCCGGCACCACCUUUGGAUGGCGGCGGUCCCCUUCCCACUCUUUCUCAUACUCUGAGCGACCCACUUUCCUGCCUUCGGUCCUCGAAUCACCACCGCUGCAGCCAUGGGGAUCCCGCUCCUCCGAGCCUUCCCGGUGGACGACGACGCGGACUCCCGCUUGGACCAGUGGCCGUCCAUAGAGCAGAUCCACCUCUGGAUGGAGUUGAUGUGGAUCCGGCGGCAGUUCUCCCGCCAAAGCAGAGGCAUGGAGAUGCAAGAUCAGCAGGUCUUGGUGUCGGAUCAGCAGGCGCUGAACGCUUUCGAGGAUGAGCUGCCCAUCCAACUUGGCCGAACUGCAGUCGACGGAGCAGAUCAACCUGUUGAUGAGGAUCCGGUGGCAGCUGUCGCACCCCAGCAGCAGGCAGGUCAGUCUCGAUUCCGUCCUGUGCAUCCAUCCCAUUUAUGACCUGAACAUUAUCAAGUUCAUUUCAUGAGGUGCGUGUUUCGGAUAAGGAUCAGGUUUAAAUCAUUUACUAUUUGUUUUUCCCUGUUGCUGUGUCAAUUUUACAUUGCGUUUAGUUUUAUGUUGGUCGGAAUAUGCUUUUAGUGAGAUUCUUUCAGCAUCUGAUUUGUGGUUUCAAAGGUUAAUUUAGAUUGUACUGAAUAUUGGGAGUGACGAUUCAGUCAAUUGGACAUGAUUAAAUUGAUGUUCGUGUGCUUGAA